AUGGGAGUUUUAGAAAUAAAUCAGCGGCUAAACACGAUUAUGGAGUCAGCGCCAGCGAAUUUAACAAUUGAAAAGCCCGUCGCCAGUGAUGUGCGCAAGUGCUCGGAAAGCAUUGAAGAUAUUCAUGUUGAGUUCACGAAAUCUUUAGAAAUCGACAAAAAUAACGGUGAAAAUAGUAAUCCGUCGAAGCUACCCCUCUCAGUAGGUGAAACAAAGAUACAACUCAGUUUUAGUGUUGAUCGUUUAUUAAAUAUCGAAGAAGCUCAUUCAAGUGGUAGUAGUAGUGCAAAUCAGGAGUCGAAUGAAGUUUGUGAAAGUGGAAAAAAAUGCAACACCAGCGAAAUGAAGUGUUUUGAGGGUGCGAAUAUGUGUGCAUAUGGUUCGUGUACGGAUCCAAAUUGUGCGGCUCUGUUAGGCGCUGCAAAUGAUAUGCAACUCGACAAUACCUUGCGAAAUUUUAAAAAAUAUUCCGUGUCGGCGCUCACCAAUGAGAUGCAAGAGAAGUUUUUUCGACAAAUGCCGUCUCUGGCGCCGCCAUAUUUGGAUUUUAAAGCGAUCGUGCGACCGACACCGAUUCGGGUGGUCAAUAAUGGGCGUGAGACUGUGCAGCUGCACACACCAUAUUCCGCGAUGGCCACAUCUGCACUUCUGCGCUUCCAACAACAACAGCAACAAAAAUCCAUUACAACACACGCACAAAUGCUCGUCAAUUCGCCAGGAAUGUUGCAAAAUCUGGGUGGGACAAGUGUUGGUACCGCUGUCAGUCUCGGCCUUAAAUCUUUCCACCAUCCCACACUGAAUAUGCAAAACUUUGCUUCACCGACGCUCUCAGCACGUUUCCCCACAUUAAAGACACAUGCGCAUCAUUUACUGGACAUUCCUAUGAGUACCGCUAGCCUUAUGAAUCACCACAGACAGCACCAUCCUCACCAUGGGACUCAAACGACAAAUCUUACGUCAAGCCACGCUGCCACCAGUAACACCUCCCAACAACUACAACUAACAACUGCGAACGGUAGUAAUAUUAGUAUGAGUAACAGUAACAACAAUAGCAGUAGUGCGAGUGGUAACAGUGGUGGCAGCAAACGGAAACGCUCCUGGUCGCGUGCAGUAUUCAGCAAUUUGCAGCGUAAAGGACUCGAAAUACAGUUCCAACAGCAGAAGUACAUAACGAAGCCCGAUCGGCGUAAACUCGCGGCGCGCCUUAACCUAACCGAUGCGCAGGUUAAGGUCUGGUUCCAGAAUCGUCGCAUGAAAUGGCGACACACGCGCGAAAAUCUCAAAAGUGGCCAGGAAAAGCAAAUACCGUCAGCAUCUGCAACUGGUGCGGCAUCCACACACAAACAGCAGGAGAGUAACGCACCAGCGGCUAAUGAUGAAAAGCACGUCGUGGACGGUUAUUCCAGCGACGAUUCGUCAUAUGGUGAAUUAAGUGAAAAUGAGGAUGAAAUUGAUGUGGUGCAAUGAAUUAUAUAUAUUUUUCUCUGCUUACACUACUCGCUAGUUGUAUAUAGAGACAAACAAAAGUACUCGUAUUAAUACUCAAUAACAUAAAGAAACCAAAAGAAAUUUAUAUUAAAGCAUACAUAUUUAUUUACUCUU